GACGAUAGUAAGCGCGCGGAGUACACUAUUUUUUUCUUUACCUUCAUGUGAGAAUUAAAAAAAAUACAUUUUCCAUCCGCGAUAAAAAUUAUAAUUAUUGAAUUUCUUAAUUCAAUUCACAGUGAUUUUAUUAUAGUAAAUUAUUUGAUUAUGUCUUGCGAUAAAAAUCCAUCUGUAAAAUCAUUCCCGGAUCUUUUAUCAGAACUACAAGAGCCAGUAUUAUUCAAAAAUAUAUUAUGCACUACAGAAGGUUCUAAUAACUGGAAACUAAUUCACUGGAGUUUAGAAGAUUUUGCCAAUAAAAGUGGUAAUAUAAAAUUACCCUUCAGAGUUGGAAAGAAUAUAAGAACAGAUGAACCGCAAUGGGAAGUUGAAACUCCUAUUGAAUAUAAAACUAUGAAAGAAUUUUUAAAUAAUGUAACAGAAAACAGUAAUCCUGAGAAGUGGUUCUACUUUGAUUACAAACGUAUGAAUGAAUGGUUUAAGGACAUACCUGAAAUUGUAAAAUCAUUCGAUUGGCACCAGUUUGGUAUUGACUUAGAUGUAUCUGAUUCGACUAUAUGGAUUGGAAGUAAAGGAGCACAUACUAAUUGUCAUCAAGAUACGUAUGGUUGUAAUUUAGUUGCUCAAAUACAAGGAAGAAAACUGUGGUUGCUAUUUUCACCUGAAUGUGGUGAUUUAAUGCAACCUACUCGCAUACCUUAUGAAGAAUCAACAGUCUAUAGCAAAUACAAUUUUUUUGCUCCAAGCAAACAAGAAAUUGAAGCAAUAAAAAAUAUGCCUGGAAGUGUAAAAAUGGUUACACUUGAACCAAAAGACUUAUUAUUUAUUCCAAAAGGCUGGUGGCAUUAUGUUGAAUCUUUGGAUAUUAGUUUAAGUGUUAAUGUUUGGCUACCUUUAAAAGAAGAUUGUGAAUCUAGAUUAAAAGAAACUCUUGUGCAUUUAGUCAUGAAUACAAUAGGUGAUGGACUUCCCAAAGCAGAUGAUCAAUCAGAUUCUAAUGUAAUAGAAUCCAUCAAGUUUGUUGCAAAUUCUCUUCAAGAGUGUCAAAAACUGAAGAACAGUUCAGAACCUUCAGUGAAGCGACAAAAAUUGAAUUCAAAAGAUGAAAUUACAUUAGAAUGUCUCAAAAAGAAAUUCCCAAACAGUGUCACAUUAAUUUCAAACUUAACCAUAGCAAGUGUUAAUGAUUUUAUACAAAAAAAUAAUCUAGCUGAAGAAAGUUCAAGUACACAAGAAAGUGUUAAUAAAAGAGAUGAGCCGACAACCUUAAAUAUUCUUGAAGCAGUGGUCAAUUCAUUCUGUCACCCAAAAGUUUUAUCUAUGGUAUCAGAAAUUUUAACUCAUAAUUUAACAAGUGAAAAUAUGGAAAAAAGAUGAUUAACUAACAGAUAUUAUAGUAAAACUCUUUGUAUAAAUAAAAAAUGUUUGUAAGCUAUAUUGUAGAAUUAUAACCUCCACAAAAUAUUUUCUAAACAAAAUUAAUAAAAAAUGUAAAGGUUA